GACAAAAAAUGCUGCCCUCGCAAGAAGCCUCCAAAAUCUACCAUGACAACUACAUGCGUAACUCCAGGGCCAUCGGAGUCCUGUGGGCCAUCUUCACCAUCUGCUUGGCCAUCAUCACCGUGGUGGUCUUCAUCCAGCCGUACUGGAUCGGGGACAGCGUCAGCACCCCCCAGGCCGGAUACUUCGGCUUGUUCCACUACUGCGUGGGCAACGGGAACGCCAACCGGGAGCUGCUGUGCCAGGGCAGCUUCUCGGACUUCAGAUCCAUCCCGUCCGGAGCCUUCAAAGCGGCCUCGGUCUUCGUGCUGCUGUCCAUGGUGCUGAUCCUCACAUGCAUCGGCUGCUUCGCCCUCUUCUUCUUCUGCAACACCGCCACCGUUUACAAGACGUGCGCCUGGAUGCAGCUGCUCUGCGCCGUGUGCCUGGUGCUCGGUUGUAUGAUCUUCCCAGACGGCUGGGACGCAGAGGUGGUCCGGGACAUGUGCGGCGAAGACACGGGGAAGUACACCCUGGGCAACUGCUCGGUGCGCUGGGCCUACAUCCUGGCCAUCAUCGGCAUCCUGGACGCCCUCAUCCUUUCUUUUCUGGCCUUCGUGCUGGGCAACCGGCAAAGUGACUUCCUGCACGAGGAGAUAAAGAACGACAAUAAAGAUUUUGCCGUUUCAAGGUACCAUCUGGGCUCGACUCUUCGAAUGGACGGAAUUGAAAUCCGGGACGCAAAAGAUCCACGGUUCGCAGUCCAGAGGUUCCACUGAGGAACACAAGACUACUACUACUCCUCCCUUCCCCCUCCUCCCCUCCUCCUCCUCCGCUUCCUCCUCCCCCUCCUGCUACUCCCCUCCUCCUCCUCUUCUUCCUCCUCCUCCUCCUCCCUCCUCCUUCUCUUCCUCCUCUUUUCUCUUCUUCCUCUUUUCUCCUCAGCUCUUCAGGUUAAUUCCUUGAUUCCGGCUCAAAGCCCAGGAGUUUAUUCAAAUAAAAACAAACAGAACUGAAUGAACCAAACUAGAACAGACUGUGUUUUGAACACAAACCCUGUAGAUCCUGAGGAAGUUUUACCAUCGGUUUGAUCAAACUCUGGGAUCCAAAGUCUGUCACACAUACAGUCUCCUAACCUUCUGAGAACAAAGACGAUGACGUUACUGAUAAUAAGAAUAAGAAUAAUGCUUGCUGUCGGGGUAUUCUAUGAAAAUAUACAUAUUUUUAUGAGUGAAUAAAGUGAUUUCCAGCUUUAAACGUUACCGUUCUAUAAAGUGCGUAUGUUAAAGCACACAGGUGCUACUUCUGAAAUACCAACUUUAAAAAAAA